AUGGCGCCGCUAGUCAUUCGCCAGAACCAAUCACUCAUUCCGUCACCACCCAGCCCAGCCAAAGGGCCACCAUCACCACCAGCAGAUAUAUCGGCACGCAUCGACCCAGCCGUUUUCGGCGAGUUGUUUGCUGGGACUAUUGGAAUAUUUGUGCUGGCCGUGCUUGUCUGGAAGACUGGCAGAUUUAUUCGCUCGUUUAAUCGACAUAAGGUGUUACGAGAAGGGAAAUCCCCGAACACCCGCUUUGCGAAGACCUGGUAUGGCUGGGUCAGACUGGAAACACACGAGAGGAACAAGCAGAUUUUCCGAAAUAUUUGGAGCUUCAUCAAAAAAUGGACAAGGUGGAAAACGACGAGAGCGGAUUAUCAAUGGGCGUGGUGGGACCCCGACCAACAAGCACUUCAAGCACGAAGGCGCAACCGCCAGCCAUUGAGGUGGCUGCCCAAAUAUCUGAUGAGCUAUGAAUGUCCAACCGCAGGUGAUAUAUGGGAUCCAAAGCCGCCCGUUGAAGUCCAUGGGGCUUUGAUAUCUGGACCAAUCCCGAACAUCCCGAUGCCAGAAUCUUCGCAUGAGAAGGCCAUGCGGUGUUCUGCAAAUACUUUUCACUGCGACUUCCUGACGCUGAGCGGGGAUACAUCUGAGGAGACACUUGGUAGUGCCAUCUGGGCCGACGCAAGAUUGAAUAUAAGUUCCUCAACGAUAUCACGAGAGGGGGCCCCUUUUCACGUGGCAUUGAAUUAUAUCUCAAGGCAAAGUCUUGGUACAUUCGGGUGCAGGACAAAUAUCGGCGAGGUGCACCGCAUACGAUCAUUCGAUGGACAGUACAGCAGUCGAGCACGUUCUCGGUCUUCCUUCGCCGCAGGCUCAGCUAUGCACAGUGGGAAUGAAAGGUCAAUUCUCCCACCAGCAAUCCACCAUAGGCGUACACGGAAGUACCGAGCAUGGGCAGCACAGAUGCAAGUCAAAGCGAGCGAGCCAUUCUUGUACGAUCUGCGGGACUCGUCCGGCCCUCCUGGAACUCCCAUCACUGAUAUCAUGGCCAGUCUCAUAUCUGAGUCGGCUGACAGAGCUAGCAUGAGAAGAGCAAAGAAAAAUGCCCUCCAAGGACGCCGAAGCGCGUACCCCAGCGGACAGCCUCUAGAUGAUCGCUCUAUAAUGUUGAAUACCGCAGCCGAUUUGGUGCAGUAUGGGUCAACGAGAAGCGGCAGUAGACUUGACGCUAUAUUGUCGCCUGUCUCGCGAAAUAAUCAAAUCCAAAAAUGUGCCACGCAUCCAUGGAGCUCUGUACGUGAUUCAAAGUCAGCAUUCUCCAGAAAAUCGACCGAGAUCUGCUCACUUCGAGAGAACCUGCCUGCAGAGUUCCAAAGAAACAUCUUUCCAACCCGUCCAACAACAGAAAAAGAGCAAAAGCCUUUGCCUGAGCUCAGCGACUGGGAGAUCAGACUCAUGGACAGGCUGAAUCGGAAACUAGUGUGGGUGUUUCACGAAACCACGCCAGGACAAAAGCCCUACCAUUUCGCAUUGCUAGCAAAUCAUUGGCUGAACAGAGAAACAUGGCUCGUAUACGACCCCGUUUCAAGGGUAUCGACAGACGCUAGAAGAAUGCAGGGCGACCCGCGCUAUAAUGUGCCUUAUCCAAUGCCGGAUCUGAGUCGAAGACCAAAGUACCCGACUCCCGAGAGAACGAAAGCACACACGCCCCGGAUUGAUUCCUGGCGCGCUGCUGUCAACCGGUACAGAAAGAUUUCCGGGAUUCAGGAUCUUGUUCCUCAUGUGGAUUUGUACGAAGAUUCUGCCGAAGAGCCCCCGGAUGGUCAUAUCGAUCCUGCUUGUUGGAUGUUGCCAAAACCACCCCAGGGCUUUGAGAUUUCAAGCCAGCAGAAGGGUGCUUGGUAUGAAGGAGGCGCCGGAUGGCAAGAAAAAUUGGACGAUUGGCAGCGUGUCCGAAGAGGUUAUCGCCUACAUAAGGCCAUACACGAGGGCCGCGCACAUCGCAAUCGCCUGAAGGAGAUUGCGAGUAAUGUCAAUGGAUACUGCCGUCGUGUGUCGGGGAACUUGAAUCGCAAAGGUGCUGAAGCGUUAUCACGGUCAGACUGA